CAACCGCAUUCGUUUUUGAUUACCGCAACUCUGAUACUGUCAUCGUGCACUACGAUGAUGUUGUGUACGUCUGUGUGGACGGAUCACUGGGAAAGCAUGGAUUGGGACUUGGCCGAAGUAACAUCGACGUCUAAACAAAGCUAUGUUCACGCCUAUAGCCAAGUUCACACGGUUCUGUUCACUUUCGAUGACGAAUCAUCCAAAAUAAACCGAAUUGGACCAAACUUUUAAUAACCAUUCACUCACUUUUGAUACUUAAACGGUCCAUUUUUUUAAUGAAUUUAUUCAUAACAAAUAACAAGUUAAAAUUCCGACAACUGUUAAGAGGACGGUCUCACACACACACUUCUUUUUACAAAAACUUAAUUUAGAGCUAAUACUAUUUUGUAAUUUUUUUGUGGAUCGUGUUGAAGAUACUUUAUGGGCGCGAGGGUCCUUCUAAGAGGGUAAAUUGAGACGCUUAUUAGAACAAGGACCCAAUUUCAAAUUUUGGAUUUUAUUCAGGAGACAAAAAACAAUUUUUUUAGGUACCUUAUUUAGCCUAAGGCAUUUUUUAUAUUUCCUGAAAAAAACUAAAAUUUGAAAUUUUGGGCCUCGCUCUAAUAAGCGUUUCAAUUUUCAAGUCACACAGAAACUACGUCGUCGACGAUUAAUGUUUCCAAAAAUGUUGCUGGUGGCGUGAACAGGGCACAAUAUAUAAGAUGCCUUUGAGCUGUUGAAAACUCAAAACCAAUCGGCCACCAAAUGGACGAACAACGUGCAAACCGAAUGGCUGGUGAACGGGACCAUGGUGCAAAUAACGAUUAAUUCGGCAACACGACCCUCGGCGGCAAACAACGGGGACGCGUUGCUGGUGUUGGCCACAUCCAAUCAAAAUCAUUACAAAAACAUCCACGACCCGUUACUGUACGAAAUCGGAGAAACGGCUACCGUAAUAUUAGCGCCCAUGUACGGAGGCAUUUGGGCGCUUUGCAUUGCCCUAACAGAUGAACAGCUUGUACAACUAUACCGGGAAACGGGUACAACAAUUGGACAUAUACUUCCGAAAUGUGUCAAUUAUUUGAACGAUGACAAUUAUUCGUCCGAAGAGUAUUUUCGACCAGAUUGGCAUCACAGAAUGCAAAAUGUAUCGAUGUCCUGUGCCUUGGUAUGUGUGAUUAUUGUUGGAACGGCAACUUUAAUAGGAUUAUUUUCCAUUUGUCGAAAUCAAAUCAGCGCUAUGCUAGUAACAGCAGUUUUGUACUUGUUAGCGGCCACUUUUGGGUUGUUUACAUUGGGCAUUAUGCAUAACAAACAUAAUUCAAGGAAAUCACAUACCCAGAAAAAUUGUAACCGCUCACUUGCGUUAAUUGAUGGAAUGAUAAAUGCUGGAGGAAACAUGUGCCAAACAAUACAGUUCUGGGAACAACUACUCACAGCAAGAAUUUAUUCGCUUGAUUGGAGUGUGAAUUUAGGAUGGAUUGCAGUGAUGUUUUGUGCGUUAACUAGCUUUUCAUGGAUAGUAUUAUCAAAAGUUAUGAGAAAUUCACCCUUAAUAAUUAAUUCGAACAACUAAAUUAGUUUAAUGAUGCUUAUGUACUUUAUUAUCCAAUAUGCAAUAGAAGAAACCUAACAUUUUUAAUAUGCACCAAGUGCCUAAUGCUUAUUAAGUAGAUCAAUAGUUUUUUUUUAAUAUUAAAUUUUAAAAUUAAUGGCAAGAAUGUAUUUAAAAAUAUAUAAAUGAAUUACUGUGUUAAGUAGCUGAGUGGUCAUUGUGUAAAACAUUGGCUUUUACGUACUAGCUAUAGUCUAAAACUUGGUAUACUAUCAUCGUACUAUGGGGUCUAUGAAUCAGUACAACUAAAAUAUGAUACAGUAAAUAGUAUAAAAGUAUUUUCACACAUUUUUCGAUCUAAAUCUGUUCCAAUUCAAAAAUUGGUCACUGACAUUAUUUUUGCAACCCAACAGACUCAGAUUAAAUAUGUAUGAACAUAAUGUAAAAACAAUUCCAUUCAUAUUUUUUAAUCAGAUAUUGGUGAAAAGACCUUAUUUUGUGAAAUACAAUCUGAUAUGUAAAAAACUAUAUAUUUUUUUAUUUGCUAACUAUGGAUCUUUAAUCAAUAUAUUGAAAAAUUAUAAUUAACCGUAAGUACUAUCUGUAAUAACCACUCAAUGUAUUAUUAGACAAACAUAACACUUAAUUACAAUUUUUUUUAAUAUUUCUCCUUUCAACUAUUACACGCAUCACAAAUAAUGUGACUUAUUUAUAGUAUAAACAACAAAAGAGACAUUGCUGUAACAUCACAGCUCGUAUCCAAAUUAACAUUUUAAAAGUAAUAAAUGAUGUUUUUUUAACCCUUAUGUAUGUAAUAAUAAUAAUUUUUAAUUAUUUUUGUACCACUUUUAGAUUUUGUAUUACAAGUAGAAAAUAAAUUGUAAAUUAGAAAAAUUUCUUAUAAAUAUGCGCUACAGUAUGAAGCUAUUCAUUAUACAUACAUAGUAAGACCUAUUGAAUGAUGGUAACAUAAUACAAAUCAGCAAAUCACUUGUUAUCACAAUGAAAUUAGGUACUUUUAAACAAUAUAUAUAAUUUAUUUUAUUUUGUAAGUUAU